AUGGUGGACAAAUGGCCGCGGACUCAGUGGGAUACCAACUCCAUGUGCGACUAUCAUCAGCGGCAGUGCGCCUCGAAACUAUGCGGGGUAGAGGCGCCGGACGCAGAAUACGCGGACUUGGAGCAGACGUGGCGAGCGGAACAAACAAACGAAGGGAAGCCGGGCCGAGCGCUAGCCGCAGAGAACACGCUGGAUGUGCGUGAACUGGUGAAAGAAGCACGGAAAGCGCCGCAGGGCGGCGCAGAGGCAGAGGAUGCCGUUGCAGAGGAAGCGCUGGAGCGCGAACCGACUGUACGCACGCGUGGCAUCCGUGCCACCGUGCGUGCUGUCCACGAGUGGGUGACGGAGUUGCGCACUCGCGUCGAUGAGAAGGGCAGACCUAUCUGCAACAGAGCGCAGCACGCUUUCAUUGAGCGGGUGGCGCGUCGAGUUGUGGAAGAGAUGCAAACAGGCGAGGCACAGGGUGGCGCGCGUUCGGGCCUGCCGGACGCCAUGCGCUGGGUGCUGCAUGGCGGGCCUGGCACCGGCAAAACACACGCGGUCAAACUUCUGCGCAAGGAGCUAUUCGAAGACAUCCUGGGCUGGAGCCAAGGCCUGCAGUUUCAGUUUGCGGCGCUGCAGGCGGUAACAGCCGAGAUGGUCGAUGGGGACACGCUGCACCAUGCCUUCGGGUUGAGCUGGGGCCAGAACGCCGCAGACACGACGCCGGUAACGAAAGGACUGCAGCAAGCGCAGCGCAUGCUCCAGCUGCGCUGGCUUAUAAUAGACGAAAUAAGCAUGGUGAGUGUGGAACUCCUGGCAAAGCUAGAGCAGGCGUGUCGGCGGGUGAUCCGGAAUGGCAGCCCGUUCAAGCGCGAUGCAGCCAACGUCGACAAGCCCUUCGGAGGCUUGAACGUUCUUGUCGUCGGGGAUUUGUGGCAGCUGGAGCCUCCCAAAGGGCAUUUCAUCGCCGAUUUGCCGCACGAGUGGCUGGGCAGUGCAGGCGCCCGGCAGCGGCCCCUCCUGGCGCAGGGGCAGGAGUUGAUGUGGGGGCCGCCGGAGCUGGCUUUCCAGGGUUGCACGGAGCUGGAGGAAUGCGAGCGCACCAAAGAUGAAUGGCUCAAAGAGUUGCAGGACGAAUUCCGCUUCGGUCAGCUCAGUGCCGACAACCAUGCUGUCUUGCACGGAAGACCGACGCGCGUGCCAGGCAGCUGGCUGCGCGGGCGAGCCGGGUGCGGACAAGCAAAGUGUCAAUGCCUCGGCGCGCAGCAAGUAACGCCGGAGACCAUCCUAGCACAGAAAUGCGCAAGGUGCUGCGCCGAGCGUGCUUCGCGCCGAUUAGUAGCCGAAUCGUCGCACGAUCCCAGAUUCUUGGGUCGCUUCGUCCUCGCGCCCUCCAUCUUCGCCACGAACGUACGGAAAUGCCACACGAACAAAAUCCGCGCCGAGGCUUUCGCGCGUCGCACGAAACGGCAUUUGCACUACGUCGUGGCCCAGGAUUGCGCUUGUGCGGCCGUCGUGCGCGAGAAACCGGACCUGGCCGAGCAGAAACUGCUCUGGCUGCAACGCCACGACCGGGAGUGCGGCGAGCUGUGUGGCAUGCUGCCGCUGUGCGACGGCAUGCCGGUGCUUUUGACGGACCACCUCAACCGCGCGCGCGGGCUCCUGAAAGGACGGCGGGGCUUCGUCACGGGUUGGCGCCACGCUACUGAUGGCGCUGAACCGGCGGGGCCCGGCUGCACGGUCUGGAACCAGCUGCCCGAAGUAGUUUACGUGCGCUUCCCUGGCGCGAAGUGGCGCAUUACUGGGCUGGCCACGGGCGUGUAUCCCGUUGUGCCAAAGCGUGCGACGUGGCAUCUGGAUGCCGGCCGAAAAUCGCCGGUGCUGGCAGUCCGUCGACGGCAACUUCCCCUAAUACCAGCUUUCGCUAUGACGGCGCAUCAGGCGCAAGGACAGACGCUGGAGGAGGGCAUCGUCGCAGAUCUGUGUUAUGGCGCGUACAGCAACGUCUUGGCCGCCUACGUUGCCUUGACGCGGGUCACGAGCCGGGAAGGCGUUCUCAUUCUGCGGCCCUUCGAUGCGGCUCCAUUCCAGCAAGGCGACACCAGCUUCCGAGCGUUGCUGAUGCAGCACUUGCGCACGCAUGACGUCAACUGGGAUGCCAUCGUGCAGAGGUACGUGCGUGUCAAGACCUGCAGCGAGUGCCGAACAGAGCGGCUGAAGUCAGCGUUUACGCAGGGACAAUGGAAGCAGCCGGACGGAGCAGCAAUCUGCAAAGAGUGCACAAAGUCCUACCGCGAACGCGGCACGCCGUAUCGCUGUAAGCGCUGCAAGCGAUGGCAAGCCCCAGAGGCGUUUCCGGGCAAAAUCAGCAAUUAUUUGAUCUGGCAAAGCACUUGCCUCAUGUGCCUGGAGAAGCGGCAAUGUGGAGCUUGUGCGCACUGGUUUCCGCAGGCGGCCUUCACGCCCAAUGGCUGGCGCCAGAAGCGGGACCGGACAUGUAACGUCUGCCGCCAGAAGUUGCAGUGCCGGGACAUUGGCCUCCGUGCGCGUCGCAGGCUGCACAACCGACAAGAGACAGUGCGUGCUGCAGACCGCAGCAGGAAACGGCAGCAAAUCCUACAGGAGGUGCGGGCCGAAAUCGAGAAACGGCAAAAGCAAGGCAGCAGCACCGGCGCACGGUGCCGAGCCCAGGUGCCGGCAGCAACAAAAGACGGGUGUCGGGCGUGCGCGGCGUGCGGCGUGGGCACGAACAGCGAAACGGGGGCACCGAGAGAGCUGGCACCGGGCGGCGGCCUGCACAACCGCAGAGCAAGUCCCGCCUGCGAUCCCGCGCACGCUCGCUGCUUCGCCUGCACGAAAGCCGUUGCGACGGAGGUCCAAGACGGCCGUGUAUGCGUCUCGUACGAGUGCCCACAGUGCAAGGCAAAGGUUGAGUCAACCACGCGAGACGGACGCAUCAACAAUCGACGGCAGUGCGGACACAGGUUUACGGUCGCCGCGGGCCAGGUCGUCGCGACCCGGUCGGCGACCAUACGCUACUCGUAUGAGUGCCCACAGUGCAAGGCAAAGGUUGAGUCAACCACGCGAGACGGACGCAUCGACAAUCGACGGAACUGCGGCCACAUGUUCACUGUCGCCGCAGGCGAAGUUGUCGCGGCGCAGUCGGCAACUGCACGCUAUUCGUAUGCCUGCCCACAGUGCAAGGCAAAGGUUAAGUCAACCACGCGAGACGGACGCAUCGACAAUCGACGGAAAUGCGGACACCAGUUCAGGGUUGCUGCAGGCAAAGUCGCCGCGACCGGGCCCUAA